AUGCUAAUAUCUGGAAUGCAAUUGAGGCAUUCGCUUACACCUCGCUACUUCGCGGGUGUGUUUAACAAGCGUAAGCCUACAAAGAAAGAUCUUGAUCAUUAUGAUGUUGUAAUUAUCGGAUGUAAUUUGGGUGGUGUUUUAAGCAGACAACUUGAUAAGGUUUCACAUGGAAAAUACAAGACCAUGGUAGUAUUGGAUUAGAAUAUCAAUUAAAUAACACCAAUCAGAUAGAUCUAUGAAUAAUAGAAGACAGCCAAAGACUGA